AUGCAAGAAGAAAAUGAGGAUGAAUUACCAGAGAAGGAUGAACAACAAGAUGAAGUACAAGAUAAAGAUGAGGAUGAAGUACAGAUUGAGUAUGAACUACAGGUACAAGAUGAAAACGAAGAUGAAGUACAAGAUGGUGAUGUUGUUGUAGUACAAGAUAAUGAUAAUGAUAAUGAAGUAUUAGGUGAAAACGAGAAUGAAGUACAAUAUGGUGAUGAUGUUGAAGUACAAGAUAAUGAUGAUGAUAGUGAAGCGCUAGAUGAAAACGGGGAUGAAGUACAAGAUGGUGAUGAUGUUGAAGUACAUGAUGGUGAUAACUUUGGAGUACUAAAUAAUGACGGUGAUAGUAAAUUACUAGGUGAAAACGAGAACGAAGAACAAGAUAAUGAUGAUGAUAGUGAAGCGCUAGAUGAAAACGAGGAUGAAGUACGAGAUGGUGAUAAUGUUGAAGUAGAAAAUGAUAAUGAUCAUAAAAUACAAGAUGAUGAUGAUGAUAGUGAAGUACAAGAUUAUAAUGAUGAUAAUGAUGUACGAGGUGAAAACGAGGAUGAAGAACAGGAUAACGUUUAUGAUGAAGUACAAGAUAACGAUAAUGAUGAAGUACAAUAG